UUCUGCCCAUCUCAUCAAAAUUUCCCUUAACAACAAAUACAAUAGCUUAGUUGCUUGCCUUCAAGAAUGGCAAAUCUCAAGUGCUUGGCAAUUCUUGUUUUAUUUGUUUCAACUUUGGCAGUUAGUGAAUGCAGGGUUGCAAGAAAGGACCUUGGGUUGGACCUUGGAGGAGUAGGGGUUGGAUUGGGAGUUGGGUUAGGCCUUGGAUUGGGUGGUAGUGGAUCAGGCUCUGGUGCAGGAGCAGGCUCUGGUUCUGGAUCUGGAUCAAGUUCUAGCUCAAGCUCAAGUUCAAGCUCCUCAUCCCGAUCUAAUUCUGGGUCAGGUGGCUCGGGUGCUGGUUCAGAAGCAGGUUCUUCUGCUGGGUCUUAUGCUGGCUCUAGGGCUGGGUCAGGUGGCUCGGGUGCUGGUUCAGAAGCAGGUUCUUCUGCUGGCUCUAGGGCUGGGUCAGGCUCAGGAAACGGACAUGGAAAAUAAGCGCAACAAGUUUAAUUUUAUUUUGAACAAAUAUAAGUACGCUACUUGUUAAAUUGCUCUUAAUAAUUGAACAACUAUAUAUAUAAAUAUGUAGUUGUACUGCAGGCUUUGCUUUGAAUCUAGAUUCUACUAUCUUUACUGUGUUUUAAA